UGACAACAACCUCUCUCCAUCAUCAUCAUCAUCAUCAUCAUCAUCAAUCCUCACUCUUUCCUUUCCACUAACAUUACUACAACACCUCUUUAUCCGGUGUCAUGCUUUCUAUAUACUUGAUAAUAUCGCCCAGCUACGGUAGAUAAUUGAUCUAUCUACUUUCAGCCCGCGAUGGCCGUCCAGUCCAAGCUCCUCUUCCUGCCGUCCGAGCCCUGGUCCAUACCUGUCCGUCAACUCCUCUCCCGGUUCACCUCCCUCUACCUCCGCCACCGCAAACAAAUCUCCCGAACCGUUUAUAUAGCCCUAUUUGCUGCCCUCGUCAAGCGCAUACACAAUGCCAUCUCCGAGCAGAAAGCCGCCUCCCAGCAACAGGCGGAGUUGCGGAGUAAACGGCCCGGCACGAGUAGCCUAGGCGAUGGCGCCAACUCCAACGGCAGUAGCCCCAGUGAUAUACCCCGGAAGAAGGUUGAGGUGAAUCGCGAGUUCUUUCGAAACUUGCUCCGGCUGCUGAAGAUCGUGAUUCCAGGGUGGAGGAGCAAGGAGUUGCGGCUGUUGUUCGGUCAUAGUGUGUUUCUGGUGCUGAGGACACUGCUGAGUUUAUAUGUCGCCGAGUUGGACGGGCGGCUGGUGAGUAAUCUGGUGAGGGGCAAAGGGAAGGAUUUCUUGUUCGGCCUGGUGUGGUGGAUGCUUGUCGCGGUACCGGCAACAUUUACGAACUCGAUGCUGUCGUACCACCAAUGUAAGCUUGCGCUGAGCUAUCGCAAGCGUCUCACAGACUACAUUCACGAGAAGUACCUGUCGAACAUGACUUUCUACGCCAUUUCAGCGCUGGACGAUCGGGUCAAGAAUCCGGAUCAGCUUAUCACUGUCGACGUGUCUCGCUUCUCUGACAGUCUAGCAGAGCUGUAUUCGAACUUGGCUAAGCCCGUUCUUGAUAUGGCCAUCUACAACUAUUCGCUUUCAAAGAGUGUCGGUGGUGAGGGGCUUUUCCUCAUGGGUCUUCUAGUGCAGGUUUCGGCCAACGUCAUGCGGGCCCUCACGCCGCCCUUUGGUAAAUAUGUGGCGGACGAAGCUCGUCUGGAAGGAGAGUUCCGGUUCCUUCACUCACGCCUGAUUGACUAUAGUGAGGAGAUUGCGCUUUACCAUGGCCAUGAGGCCGAGAAAGACACGCUCGACAAGGGUUAUUUCACCCUGAUCAAGCAUGUGAACCGCAUCCUCCGGAGACGCCUUUAUCACGGCUUCAUGGAGGAUUUCGUCAUUAAGUACUUCUGGGGCGCUUUGGGCUUGAUCCUCUGCAGCAUUCCUGUCUUCUUCAAGAUCCCCGGCCAGGUCACGCAAACUAUGGGUGAUCGGACCGAGAGCUUCGUUACUAACCGACGCAUGCUCCUCUCCUCUUCCGACGCCUUCGGUCGCCUCAUGUUCUCCUACAAAGAGAUUUCCGAGCUAGCUGGCCACACCGCGCGCGUUUCGACCCUCCUCGAAGUCAUGGACGACCUGCAAUCAGGCCACUUCGAGAAGAAACUCGUCUCCUCAGCGACGGACUCGACCUCCGCUCACGCAGCAACGCUCUCCUCGCGCGGAACCGUCACCGAGACGGCCGACUCGAUCGAGUUCCACGAGGUACCCAUUGUCUCGCCGAACGGGGACAUCCUCGUGCGCGCCCUCUCCUUCACCGUUCGACCGGGCGACCAUCUACUGAUCGUCGGCCCCAACGGCUGCGGCAAGUCGUCGCUCUUCCGCAUCCUCGGCGGCCUGUGGCCCGUCUACGGCGGCACCGUCCACAAGCCCCCGCCCGACCAGAUCUUCUACAUCCCGCAGCGGCCCUACCUCUCGCGCGGCACCCUGCGCCAGCAGGUCAUCUACCCAGACAGCCUGCGCGACAUGCGCGCCAAGGGCAUCACAGACGACGACCUCUACGAGAUUCUGAGCGUGGUCGAGAUCGCCGCCGUCGUCGACCGCCCCGGCGGCUGGGACGCCGAGGAGGAGUGGCGCGACGUCCUCUCCGGCGGCCUGCAGCAGCGCAUCGCCAUGGCCCGCCUCUUCUACCACCGGCCCCAAUACGCCAUCCUCGACGAGUGCACCUCCUCCGUCACCCUCGAGGUCGAGCGCAUCAUGUACGAGACCGCCAAGCGCCUCGGCAUCACCCUCAUGACCGUCUCCCACCGCCGCAGUCUGUGGAAGUACCACCGUCGCAUCCUGCAAUUCGAUGGGCAGGGUGGCUACAUCUUCACCAAGUUGGAUUGGGAGCGCAGGUUACAAUUGGAAGAUGAGAAAGAAGAUUUGGAGCUCCACCUCCGCGCUGUGCCGGAACUGCAGAAACGCCUGGCUGAGUUGACCGCAUGAGGGACAUUAUAUAUACGAUGACAAGACAGGUAUUGGUAGAGUAAUCUUGGCUUUGGGGUAAUUCUGUCCUAGCCUCUGUAGCUCGCUUCAGCGCUUUGCCUUCCGUGCCCUAUUUAUAACAUCGCCUAUCGGGCAAUAUUUGUUUAUGAAUACGUGUUGAAUGACACUAUAAACACGGAACAUUC